AUGGGAGAAGGUUAUAUUUAGGUUAUAGACUCAACAUACACAACACAUGAACUGUUUCUUGAUUUGGACUUCUCUUCAACCAGCUGUAAUAGCUUGACUAUCAAGUGCUGCAUUGUUUGUUUACCAAUUGUCUUUACUGUUGCUUCUCAGGUCAGAUGACACAGCUGUGUGAACUGAUCAACAAGAGCGGGGAGCUGUUGGCCAAGAACCUGUCCCAUCUGGACACUGUACUGGGGGCCUUGGACAUCCAGGAGCACUCCCUGGGCGUCCUGGCUGUGCUGUGAGUAGCCUGCUCUACUUUAAUCCCGAUCAAUGAUUAUAAGUAAAUCACUGAUCUAGGCUAUGACUUUGAGUCAUUUUCUGCUUACUGUACCUGUGCAUUCGGGGCUCAUGACUCAGAAAAGUAUAUCACACAGAUCAAGGUGUCUACCCCUUGUGUUCAAAUUAAAUGAUGUGCCUGUCUACAAUAUGUUUUUAUUUUCAUGUACUGUGGCACAUUUUUUCUUGUGUACUCACUGCCAGUUUUCACUUUCCCUUCAUACAGGUUUGUGAAGUUCUCCAUGCCAAACAUCCCUGACUUUGAGACGCUCUUUUCCCAAGUCCAGCUCUUCAUCAGUACCUGCAAUGGGGAGCACAUCCGAUAUGCAACAGACACGUGUAAGUCUAAACUUAACUGACUUUUGGUUUCUAGAAGCCUUUGAUUCAACUGAGUUUCAGAGGAAUGGUUAACUCCAUAAGGUGUUAAGUUAACAUCUUGUAAUUAUAAGAGUCAUUUCUAAGGAAUGUGGAGAAUGUUCAAGGUCAAAUGUUCAAGGCAAAAUUAAUUUAGCUUGAUUGAACCUGUUAACCCUACUUACUACUUUUAUUAUUUUCUUCACAGUUGCCGGCCUCUGCCAUCAGUUGACAAAUGCCCUUGUAGAACGGAAACAGGUAAGACCGGCCAUACGGGAGCAAAACAUUUAAACCAGAAGAGCUAAUGCAUGAACUUACUUGUCUAUUAACGCUCAUUUACAUGGUCUAUUUAAAGAAAUGACUCAUGUUUUUACAAGAUAAGACCCAGAUUAUGGUAUUACUACUCUACAUGAUUUCAAAAACAAAAAGCCAACCCAUGAGAAUGCAUAUUGGAUAGGGCUGGGAAUUUCCAGGGACCUCACGAUACAAUAUUAUCACAAUACUUAAGGUGCCGAUGCAAUAUGUAUUGCGAUUCUUUAUGUAUUCUGAUUCGAUGUUCCAAACAUAUUGCUCACUUAUAUAUCUGCUGCAGAGAGGCAUGAGAAUUUGUUUUGAUCAAUCAUGGAAAUAAAAGUGCUAAAAACAUGUUGGCUCACUAUUUAAAAAGAAAAUGGCGAACAAGCCAUAGGAUGGAAAAAUACCUUUGUUUUGGCAUAUGUACAGCCAUAUGUAGGGCCCUGUGUAGCUCAGUUGGUAGAGCAUGGCGCUUGCAAUGCCAGGGUUGUGGGUUCGAUUCCACAUACCAGUAUUGGUUUUUACAAUGAUGUCAAUAACGAUAUUUUGAUAUAGUGCUGAAUUAAAUGAAAGGUUCUACACAUUGGACUACUUCACUGUCAGUUUUGUCCUAGUUUGUUUUGAGUAUAAAACCCUCAGAAUGGAGACAGGCCAAAAAAAACACACUUAAAAUUAAGAAUUUAACUGUACCCUGCAAAUACAUCUGCAACCCUGUGCACAUGACUAAUAAAAUAAUCCUUCUAUCAUUAAACAUAUUUAAAAACGUGUGUUAUUCAGAAACAUAAAAUACUGCCAUACUGUCAAAAAUUAGAAAUAUAGUGAUAUGAUAUUUUGGUCAUACUGCCCAGCCAAAUGUGCUAGCUUAGCAGUAUUAGCUUCCUUCCUCUCUGAGUACAACUCAGGGUAAACUGAUCGUACCACGCCUCAAACCUGGGGCUCUCUACCUUGCCAAUACACAUGAUUGCCCUGCUUGACAACAUACUAUCCAGUUGUGCCACUGAAAAGGAACAUAUGAUGGCAUUAUUGGCGGCAUUUCAAGCUAGCUGUGUGAGUGAGCUUACGUCACAUUCUUAUCUCUGUUACAUAUGGUUUAAUGCAUCUCUUUCUUUCACAGCCAUUGAGGGGUGUCGGCAUUCUAAAACAGGCAAUAGACAAAAUGCAAAUCAACACAAACCAACUUACCUCAGUUCAUGCAGACCUGUGUCAGGUGAGUAAACUGAUUCAUAUCAACAGGAUCUUUGACUUUAUAUGAUUAUUGAAAUAUAUUGAUGCUUGGCUGCGAGACUAAGAAUGAAUGACCCCUCAACAACUUUGUGUGUACAUCCACAGCUGUGCUUGUUAGCAAAGUGCUUCAAGCCUGUCCUCCCGUUUCUUGAGCUUGAUAUGAUGGACAUCUGUAAGGAGAAUGGCGCCUACGACGCAAAGCACUUUCUAUGUUACUACUAUUACGGAGGCAUGAUCUACACGGGUCUGAAGAACUUUGAAAGAGCACUGUAUUUUUAUGAACAGGUACUGGCUUAUUUGAGAACCUACAAAUGUGUGUGUUAAAGCUGUUUCGGAUGUGACCUAGUGUUCCUGUUAUCAAAAGUGAAUUGAUUUAGCAUACUACUAGUAAAACAUUUGCUCAUUGUAAUACCAUUUUGAAAUGACCUUUAAAUUACUAUUUUGAUACUAUGUAUGCAUACAGUAGUCAAGUACACUACACACUGAGUUGACAUUUAAUCUGUUAAGGCAAUGACAUAUCAAAUCAAAUUUUAUUUGUCACAUGCACAGGAUACAACGGGUGUAAUCAGUACAGUGAAAUGCUUACUUGCAGCUCUUUCCCAACAAUGCAGUAGCUUGUUUUUUGUUUUUACGCUGCUGCUACUCGCUGUUUAUUAUCUAUGCAUAGUCACUUUACCCCUACCUACAUGUACAAAUUACAUUUACAUUUACGUCAUUUAGCAGACGCUCUUAUCCAGAGCGACUUACAGUUAGUGAGUGCAUACAGAUUUAAUUUUUUUCAUACUGGCCCCCCGCGGGAAUCGAACCCACAACCCUGGCGUUGCAAACGCCAUGCUCUACCAACAUCCCUGCCGGCCAUUCCCUCCCCUACCCUGGACGACGCUAGGCCAAUUGUGCGCCGCCCCAUGGGUCUCCCGGUCACGGCCGGCUACGACAGAGCCUGGAUUCGAACCAGGAUCUCUAGUGGCACAGCUAGCACUGCGAUGCAGUGCCUUAGACCACUGCGCCACUCGGGGGAGUGGCGCAGGGGUCACUUUGAGGCAUGGUACGAUCAGACUAACCUGUAUCCCCGCACAUGACUCGGUACCGGUACCCCCUGUAUAUAGCCUCGUUAUUGUUAUUUUGUGUUACUUUUUAUUUUAUUUGUAACUUUCUUUUAUUUAGUAAACUCUAUUUCUUGAACUGCAUUGUUGGUUAAGGGCUUGUAAGUAAGCAUUUCAUGGUAAUGUCUCCACCUGUUGUAUUCGGCGCAUGUGACAAAUAACAUUUUAUUUGUUUACAUCUCUAGUUCCAUUCUGUGAUCUCUUCUCCCCCAGGCAAUAACCACUCCAGCCAUGGCUGUCAGUCACAUCAUGUUGGAGGCCUAUAAGAAGUACAUCCUGGUCUCUCUGAUUCUCCAUGGCAAAGUGCAGCAGCUCCCCAAGUACACGUCACAGAUAGUUGGGAGGUUCAUAAAGGUGAGAAUGAAGACUCAAAAAGGGCCAUAUUUCACAUCAUUAAGGCUUUUACAUGCUAUUACAUUUUUAAUUGUCUGUUGUACUUCAUACUAUACAUAUUACAUAUAUUCAACUGCUUUUUGUUUCUGCAGCCUCUCAGCAACGCGUACCAUGAGCUUGCACAGGUGUACGCCACCAACAACCCAGCAGAACUGCGCUCCCAGGUGAAUAAACACAGUGAGACCUUCACACGCGACAACAACACAGGGCUGGUCAAGCAAUGCCUGUCCUCCCUCUACAAGAAGAACAUCCAGAGGCUAACAAAGGUAUACUUCCUUCCCCUUCAGAUCAUAUCUUCUUCGCCUCAAAUACGACCCCUCUCCUCACAUAUACCUCCUAAUAUGUCUAUCAAUAGUCCUCGCUCACCUCAAAAACCUUGUUUACCCCCAAUACACCAUUCUCAUUCCUAAUAUAUCUCCAUCUGCACUUACCUCAACUAUUUUCAAGAUAUACUUCCUGUCCUUCACCUCAAAUCUACCUUCUUCGUCCCCAUCUUCACCCUGUUACCAGGGUGUAAAUAUGUAAACAAAGUAUUUAUUUAAAGCAAAUGGUCAGAAAAGCAAUGUAUCUGACCACCCUUCUUUCUUUGCAGACUUUCCUGACGCUGUCCUUGCAAGACAUGGCAAGUCGAGUGCAGCUGUCAGGGCCCCAGGAGGCGGAGAAGUAUGUCUUGCACAUGGUAAGUCAAUGCAACCGCAGGAGAAUAGACACGCUUUAUCUCAGUACUCUGAGAACACUCAAUUUUGAAUGUAUGAAAGAAAAUGUCCUUCACUUCAAUUGAGACUAGAUCUAACAUUGAUUCGUCCAUUAAUUACCUUUUCUGUUCCUUACAGAUUGAAGAUGGUGAGAUAUAUGCCAGUAUCAACCAAAAGGAUGGCAUGGUCUGUUUCCAUGACAACCCAGAGAAAUACAACAACCCCGCAAUGCUUCACAAAAUUGACCAAGAGGUAAGAGAAUGUCAAUAUUGAUUAUCUAUCCUUAUAUAGAAAUUACUAUUGAGGUGCAAUGAAGUGUCAUUAUUUGCUUAUCAUUUGGUACUGUUUUAGUGAAGUAAAUGGCUAGUUUUGUGUCCUUCACAGAUGCUGAAGUGUAUAGAGCUGGAUGAGAAACUAAAGUCCAUGGAUCAAGAAAUAACAGUAAACCCACAGUUUGUUCAGAAGGUAGGAAGCAACAAUUACAUUAUUUAGGCUCCUCUAGACGUUUUCCAAGAGGACUAUGUUUGCAAUUCAGUUGGUUGAGUAUUUGUUGAUAGUUUUUAUUUUAUAUGUAUAUAUAUUUCUUAGUUAGUAUUGAAUUGAUUGCUAAUGGUUUGUAUCACACUGUAUGUUUCAGAGUAUGGGAACGCAGGAGGACGAUGUCGGCAGCAAAACAUCAAGUUACUCCUGA